GAGCUAGAGAUCAGACGAAGAGGUGUCUUUGCACAAGUGAAGAGGGAGCUAGUGCAUUUGAAAAUACCAAAGCCAGCUAGGCGGCAAGCACAGAAAUGACAAGACUAGAGAACAAAGAGUUCUUUAAAGAGGUCGCAAACCUACUUACCAAGAACGGAGGCAAGUCCUCUAUAUAUCUGACGCAGAAAAGACUUUCCUACACGGUCGACGCAGAGAUCGAAGGAGUGGCACCUUUGAGUGAUCUCUCCAAAGAGGUCAAGCCUGUCCUCCACGAACACAAUCCAGACUUCAAGACAUAUUCAAUUCUCAUUAGAGUGACCGAUGGCAACAAGGAGAAGUCUGCAAGAGUGAAGUUGAGCACGGUGGUUGAGCCGGAAAAUCUCGAUGCGUUUUGGAACGAAUACACCAACGUGUUGAAGGCUGGCUUUGUCGGACUCAAGAAGAAAUCUAAGUCCAAGAAGAAGACCAAGAAAGCCUCUAAAAAAUAAGCACUCCCCACUAUAGUACUUUCCUUAUGACUUCUGUAAUUUUAAUACGUUGAAUUAUAAAAAAACAAA